AGAGCGGACGAAGAAGAACGUAGAGCGGAAGUAAAAACAUUUUCUUUCCGCGUUGAAGAUGCCGGUGUAUAAACACACGAGAAUGACACUUGGAACCUUUUAUCUCUAAACGUUUUCCUUUCUCGCUGAAACACACGAACGGUGGAAGUUCAGCAUUAUGUCCCUUCCACGUGCUCGACGGCGCCUCCUCUCCGCACUCCAAGUCCCCUGUUGCGGCCACGCAGCGUUCAGCAGUGCCUCGAACCCGCGGGAGAAACCUGACGCCGGCGGUCCGGUCUUCCAGUACGUGGGCCAGCACAGGAAGCCCAGGCACAAAGUGUUCGUGUGGGGCUUCAGCUUCACGGGAGCCCUGGGCAUUCCCAGCUUUGUGAUUCCCGACAGCGGCAGGAAAAAGCCACGCAAGUACCAGCUCACGCCUUACCGUCUGGAGACCGAAGACCAGAUCUCCUCUGCCGCCUGCGGUUACGGCUUCACCCUCCUGGCGUCUUCCACCAAAGACGUCACCAAGCUGUGGGGCGCCGGCCUCAACAAGGACUCGCAGCUCGGCUUUCAGCGCACGCAGCGCAGCCGGCAUCACAGUUACGAUUACGUGUUGGAGCCGUCGCCCGUACAGCUGCCUCUGCGUGAACCGCAGAAAACGCGCGUGAUGCAGGUGUCAUGCGGGCGCGCGCACACGCUCGUGCUCACCGAUCGCGAGGGAGUGUUCAGUAUGGGCAACAACGCUUACGGCCAGUGUGGGCGACAUAUCGUGGAAGACGAAGUGUACGGCGGCAGUCACGCGAUCCACAAAAUGGAGGGCGUGGAUGGCCGCGUGGUGCAGGUGGCGUGCGGACAGGACCACAGUCUCUUGCUGACGGAGGCGGGGCGGGUCUACGCCUGUGGGUGGGGAGCGGACGGACAGACGGGUCUGGGGCACCACAAGGUGUGCCCCACCCCGACCGAGGUGCUGGGGGAGCUGUCGGGGGUGAAGGUCCAGCAGGUCAGCACAUACGCAGACUGCAGCCUGGCCGUGUCCGCCGACGGACAGCUGUACGGGUGGGGAAACUCUGAAUACCUUCAGCUGGCCUCCGUCACGGACACCACCCAGAUCAACUCCCCUCGUCGGUUGUCCCUGCCAGGCUGCGGUCGGGUGGUGCAGGCUGCAUGCGGAGGCACACAGGUGGCUGUCCUCAAUGAGCGAGGCGAAGUGUUUGUAUGGGGCUACGGAAUUCUGGGCAAAGGCCCCUCGCUAUCAGAGUCUGGCUCCCCCGAGAUGAUCCCCCCGUCCCUGUUCGGACGCUCUGACUUCAACCCCUCCGUCGUUGUCAGCAAGCUCCGAUGUGGCCUCGGUCACUUCGCCGCUGUCACGGAUCGUGGCGAACUCUUCGUGUGGGGGAAGAACCUCCGAGGGUGUUUGGGUAUCGGGAAGAGGGACGAUCAGUUCUUCCCGUGGCGAGUGACUGUUCCCGGUCAAGUGGUGGAUGUAGCGUGUGGUGUCGACCACAUGGUGGCGCUCGUCAAGUCCCUCCUCUGAGUUGGAA